UAGUUGCAGAUGGUAUAUACCUUUCUCUAUAAUGGCGCCUUGCCAAGAUAGUCUUUCAGAUUGAGGAAAGAAUAUUGCCAAAAUAAUUCUCUAUUUUCCACUAUUUAAUGAAUAUGCAUUGUUUUGUAGUACUAAUACUAAUUCAUGGCCCCUCCCAAAUUCUUCAUUCUUGUAUAAUCAUAAAGUAAUUCUUGCGUAUUUCCUCAUUUAAUCACAAAAAUGGCUCCAAAAUUGAAUCUUUUCGAGUGGUGGGGCAAAGAAACGCCGCAGGGAACUCCGGUGAUCGUGAAAAUGGAGAAUCCCAGCUUCUCCGUCGUCGAGAUCGGCGGCGCCGACGCCGCAUUCAAGCCGGUGGAGAAGAGCCGCCUCAAGAACGCCAAGCAAGUGAGAUGGAUCCUCCUCCUCAAGGCCAACCGCGCCGCCGGCUUCUUAGCGUGGCUGGCAGCCGCCGCGUGGGGCCUCCUCGCCGCCGUGAGGAAGCGCCGAGGAGCCGCCGCCGCCACCGAGAAGCUCGGGAAGGGGAAGCUGAUGCUGAGAGUGAUCAAGCUGCUUCUCUUUGCUGCAUUGGCGGCUUUAGCCUUGGAAGCCGCGGCUCACUUCAAAGGCUUCGAGAAAGGGAUGUUCCAAUCGAUCUACGCGGCGUGGCUUGAGCUGCGCCGCCGCUACAUCGCCCCUUUCAUUCAGUCUCUCUCCAUGCUGUGUGUGGCUCUCUUUAUGAUACAGUCUUUGGACCGUCUCAUCCUCUUCCUCGGCUGCUUCUACAUCAAGUUUAAGAAGAUCAAGCCUACCAUAAUCGAAAACUCUUUUCGUUCCCACGAUGAUUAUCCCAUGGUUCUCGUGCAAAUCCCAAUGUGCAAUGAGCGUGAGGUGUAUGAGAUGUCGAUUUCUGCGGUGUGUCAGCUGGAUUGGCCGAAAGAUCGAUUUUUGAUUCAAGUUCUUGAUGAUUCCGAUGAUGAGGUGAUCCAAUGCAUGGUCAAGAAUGAGGUCUCCAGGUGGAGGGAGAGUGGUGUCAACAUUGUCUAUCGCCAUCGCCUUGUUAGAACCGGCUACAAAGCCGGGAAUCUCAACUCUGCCAUGAGCUGUGACUAUGUGAAGGAUUAUGAGUUCGUUGCGAUUUUUGAUGCGGAUUUCCAGCCUGCCCCGGAUUUCCUCAAGCUCACAGUCCCACAUUUUGAGGGGAAGCCGGAGGUAGGGCUGGUGCAGACGCGUUGGGCGUUUGUGAACAAGGACGAGAACUUGCUGACUCGGCUGCAGAACAUCAAUUUAUGCUUCCAUUUUGAGGUGGAGCAGCAGGUGAAUGGCGCGUUCUUGAACUUCUUCGGGUUCAAUGGGACGGCUGGGGUUUGGAGGAUCAAGGCGUUGGAGGACUCCGGGGGCUGGCUCGACAGGACCACUGUUGAGGACAUGGACAUCGCUGUCCGGGCACAUCUCAAUGGCUGGAGCUUCAUAUACCUCAAUGAUGUCAAGGUUCUGUGUGAGGUUCCCGAGUCGUUUGAGACAUACCGGAAGCAGCAACAUAGGUGGCAUUCCGGGCCUAUGCAGCUCUUCCGGUUGUGCCUCCCUGCUGUGCUGAAAUCAAAGAUAUCUAUUUGGAAGAAGGCAAACUUGAUAUUCCUCUUCUUCCUAUUGAGGAAGCUCAUCCUCCCAUUCUAUUCAUUCACACUGUUCUGCGUCGUUUUGCCUAUAACGAUGUUUAUCCCCGAGGCCGAGCUGCCUAUGUGGAUCAUCUGCUACGUGCCUGUGCUCAUGACGUUCAUCAACAUAUUCCCCACUCCAAAAUCCCUCCCCUUCAUCGCCCCAUACCUCCUCUUCGAGAACACCAUGUCUGUGACCAAGUUCAGUGCCAUGGUCUCGGGGCUGUUCCAGCUAGGCAGCUCGUACGAGUGGAUUGUCACCAAGAAGGCCGGGAGGUCCUCAGAGACGGACCUGCUGGCUACAGCGGAUAGGGACACAAAACCACUGAUCGAGAGCGAUGUGAGCCUUUUGGAGGAGGGAAAGGGGAAAGGUGUCAAGAAAACUAACAAGAUUUACAGAAAAGAGUUGGCUCUUGCUUUCCUGCUGCUCACAGCUGCAGUUAGAAGCCUCAUGUCAGCUCAUGGACUCCACUUCUACUUCCUCCUCUUCCAAGGCUUCACUUUCCUCCUCGUCGGCCUUGAUUUGAUCGGAGAGCAAAUGAGCUAGCUUGUUGCAGUUCAAGUGAAGAUACAUACAUUGGAUGAUUUGGCUCUGAAUCAGUCACUAAUCACUAUAGAGCAUUUAUUCAUCAAUUUUUAAUAAGAUUUUUAUGCUACAUAUAUAUGCAUACAUACCUACAAAAUUUUCCAUAUUCAUUUGCUGUUGCCCACAGAUGUAUAGUAAGUACUCCACAGAUAGCUGUUUAUGUAAAUUAAGUAUAGUUUGAAGUUAAUUCAUUUUCCCUCUCUUA